UUCUACUUUUCAACUGCUUAGUGCCUUUUCUCUUCCAGAUUGUUCAAGCUGUUUUGGAGAGUGCCCUUUCUUGACUCUUGUCUGCUAUAUAUUUCAAGUAGCGAUAAGUUUGGUCUUUAGUUUUCCUCAUUUCGGUGACUAUCAGAGUCUUCAAAAUUCAUUGAAGUUUAUGGCAUAUUGCUGAAAGCUGAAAUUGUUUCUUCAUCUUUUCUUUUCAGUUCUUUCUGUUUAAGGAGUUUUCAUCUUUCUGAUAGCUAAACUUGUGCACCCAAUGGCCAAUCUGUUUGAGAUUUCUUCUUUCAAAACAGGCAAAUUUGGUACCACAAUAUGGGCUGUAAAGAUGAUGCUUCUCUGUGUAGGGAUCAUUUCCACUUUUAUUUUGCUCAAGGUGGCUAUAAUUCCUUACACGUUUAAUCUAAUUCUCUCAACUCUUCCUAGCGUAUGGAUCUCCCUCCGUGGCUGGUUAUCUCCUCCUUACAUCUAUAUCAUCCUCAACUUCAUCAUAAUCGCCAUUGUUGCUUCCUCCAUAUUUCAACACCCAAACCCCAACUCCAAAGUGUCCUAUUCUAGUUCUAAUAAGAAACACAAAAGUCAAAACAAAAGUAACACGAAGGAUCUCUGGCAAGACCAUGGCAUGCAAGAAGUGGAAAAACUAUUGGAUACAACUUUGUCUUUUGAGGAACUCAUCGACUCUUCUCAGGAUUAUUACUCUCCUGACACUUUCUUGACAAAUUCUGGUGAACUGCUGCAAGAAAAGACGAAUACAGACACGUCUAAGGAAUCUUGCUUGACAGAUUCUGCUAAGCAACAGCAAGAAAAGAUGGACAAAGAGCCACUGACACCAGAGGCAGAUCAGCAGGACACCCUGGAGGACACAUGGACAUUAAUUAUGGAGAAGCAAGGGAAAACACCAACAAGGCAGUUAAAGAAGAGUGGCACAUGGGACACCCCUCCAACGGCGUUGCAGAAAGCCAACGGGAUGAUCACUGCUGCUGGUGAUGGUGGUGGGGAUGGCGGCGAUGAUGAUGAUCCGGUUGCUUGGGCUAGGAGAGAACUCAGGAAAUCAGAUACAUUCAACGAUUCUGUGUCUUUGAGGAGGGAGAAAUCAAUGAGUCAGGACGAGUUGAAUCGACGAGCAGAAGAGUUUAUCAGAAAGUUUAAUUAUGCAAUGAGGCUCCAAAGGCAAGAAUCUGAACAGCGGUUCCGGGCAAUGGUUCGUGGUGGGGUUUAGUAGUUUGGUUUUUUAUUAAUUAGCGAUUAAUUACUAUGCUAAAUCCUGAUGAUGAAAAGAUUCUGCUUCAACUUUCUCUUUUGGAGAUAAUGGGCGAAGCUGGAAGUUACUUCAGUAUACUUCUUUAUGAUUUUUCCUUUCUGGGUUGUGUUUGUCAGACAACAAAAACAUGAUUUUACUUGUUUUUAUUAUGGUUCACCGCACUUAGUUUUAACGUAGGUACUUCAAUGCCUAUUUUUCCUGUUUCGUUUCAACAAGCUAGGGUUGUCCCAUGGAUUGAUAUGUUACCCGUAAAAAGAUUUUGGCUAGAAGUUAGAAAUGCAUGGAGACCAUGUAGCAUUUCUUCUUCGAGAAGGAAGCCAGAAAUGCAGUAUCCUGUGAAAUAUUAAGAGUUGUUUCUGGGUUUCAUUGUUUGUGUAUUUUUCAAGCAUAUAGGUAGGUUUUGUUUCUCUUUCUCGGGCAACUGAUGAUUUUUUUCUUCAAUUUUAAUGGUCAUGUUCUUGGACGAGAUUUCCUGCAUUUGUUUGGACUUCUAUCACCGCAGUUUAAAAAUUACCUAGGGGAUUGAUUUCUGCUUGAAAAAGAUGCUUAUAAUGGCCACUGGUUGAACUAAUUAUGAUCCAAGCCCGAAUGAUAUAACCCCAUGAAGGCUGCCCUUGUUUUGUGGACAUCAUCAUGCAUUAUGUCCAAGCAGCUUCUUCGAGAAUCAACCAUAAUCAUUGGAAAAGCACUUCAGGCCAUGAUCCCUGCCUCUGACUGUUGCUGAAAUUGCUGGGAAAAGAGAAGUAUUGGUCUAGCAGAAAUAUCAGUGCUAUCAUGAUAGUUUAUUCUAGGCGGCGUGAAGUUCAUCCACACAAGGAGGGGGACAUCAUCAUCGUCCUCGUCGGCCAGGGAGAAAUUAAGAUUUUUCGAUUUAGGGUUAAUUUACUGUGUGGGUGUAUUAAAAUCAAAUAUUAUCUUGUGAAUCAAAAGGAUAUUUGUUAAAAAUA